AUGCCUCUGUGCCCAAUCCACUGGAUCAAGAAUGCCAAGAAGAGAUUACGCCGCCGCCGCAAACCUUUCGUCCAGCCGCCGCAGGACGUGAUAGAGCAAAUGUAUCAAGCACCAAGAUUGCGCCCUGUUACUUUGUGUCCUUGCAUCCGAGAUCCAACCAAAAGCCCACCACCGAAGAAAGUGAGAUUUGCAUGCGAUAUGCCAGUCGAUGCUCUUGUCAGCGAUGGCCCGAGUGCGCCGCAACCAAUCCAGGAGGUGCUACCUCUGGAGCUCCUAUCCAUGAUAUCGGAAUAUCUUCACACCAAAGACGAAGUACAUAAAUUUCGCCUAGUACACCGCCGCUUCCGUGAAGCAGCCUGGGCAGUCUUCGGCCGAACAUUCGACGAUGGGAUCUUCCAUAACACAUCGUACUCGGCCGGGAAGAAAUUGGUGGCGCUUGCCAAUACGGAGCAGAUCGUGCCUUAUGUAAAGCGCCUUAAUAUCUCGACAGUAUAUCCGGAUGUACAAGCUGGGGAGCAAUUGACGGUCUGGUGUCUCGAGAAGCAUGUCCCGGGUGGUGAGCGGUAUAAUGUUGAUACCAUUGAGCCUUGGUUGGACAUGCUUCUGGCGGAGAAGAUGUGGACGGAGCUUCAAAGGAGGAUGGCGUGGAUUUCAGUGUUGGAGAAGAUGACGGCGCUGGAAGAGAUUGUGAUCUGGAGUGGUGAAAAAUUGAUGCAUGGCCCUCGAUUGCCAUAUAUCGACGGCAAACUGGAGAGCGUGCUCCCCGAGGCUUCGGAUGGUGGAGUCAAGCUCUGGCAUCUAGACGCAGCCGAAAACGCCAUGCAAGUCCUCGAAGUCCUCAUCACCCUAGACGACACCACCCGUCAUCGAAUCAAAAUCAUCAAAUCCGAAGGCGCCACCUCAAUGCUCUCCCUACCUCCUACCGUAUCAGGCAAACAACCCCGCCUCCCAACCCUCACCCAUCUCACACUCACCCUAGACUUCCCAAAAGCAGACUACCACACCCUCAACACACUAGAAAAAGCCGAAACCCAUCUCCACGCCUUCCUAGCCGGGAUGCCGAACCUCACGAACCUACGCCUCGACUUCCCGUACGAGAAUAGUUCGAUCUUCGAGCACAGCAUCGUAGCUGCCACGGGCUCGGAUAGGCUAUACGGCCUUAUACCGCGUCCACCCCGCCGGGACUCCACAGCUGCUCCACCGAGCUCACCGAUCGACGACAUGGAAACCCAAGAACGAAUAAAGAACGAAGAAGAAGAAGACACCGAGCUGCUCGACCAAACACCCCAACCCCUCCAUUUCCCCCACCUCCACACCCUCCACCUCAGCAACCUAAUCCUCCACAACCACACCACCCUAACCCACCCCUUCCUCUCCCUCCACGCCUCCACCCUAAAACACCUAACAAUCCACAACAUCUUCGGCCCGUCAGCCGAAAGCUGGCGCAGCUUCUGGGAUUUUCUGGAAAAGGGUUUGGAGUUGGAGAGGUUCGAUCAGAUCACGCAUUCUUCCCCUCAGCAGCUGAGGCGGUUGGAGGGGGAUCCGAGGACGAGGUGGGUUCGGUUGAGUACGGGGGAGGUUAGGAGGAGGUUCGGGGGACGGGGGAGGUGGGUGGCUUUUGUGGGGGAUUUGAGGGCGCUCGAGGAGGGGCAGGCGGGGGAGGAGAAUGGUACUGGGGAGACGUGA